AGUGACAAGUAAAAGUGGAUACAAAAUGUCAUGGCUUCAAGAACUUUGAAGAAUUGACAUAUAUUAAUGUAAAGCUGAUUUCCUAAUAUUAUAAAGCGAAACUCUUAUAUCUAAAGCUAUACCGUCACAUGAUAUCGGGCUACAUUUUCUUCAGGACUCUUAGGUUUGUUUUAAAUUUUCAUAGUUUCGGACAACUUAAAAAUGAGUAUGUGUUACUGCGCGUGCUCUUGAGUUUUAUCUCAUGACCACCCGUAAAUGCAUUUACUACCGUAUUUCAUAAUUAUUAUUAACGAAAUUAUUUAUAUGCUCGGUGCAACUAUUAAUAUCAAUGGAAGAUUUAAUUCUAGUGAAUGGAACAACUCUUAUUUUUGUCGGACUAUAUCAAAGAAUACAAGUUCUAAUAACAAAUUCAAAAAUGUUUUUGAUGAAAUGGUAGAAUAUAAGCUCCUCAAGCACCUGUUAUACAGUGUUAAUGGUAAUUGUUUUUUCAUAAUUACACUUUUUAUCAGAAAUUCCUGUGAAUUUUAUAAGAUUGAACAAGCAAUUAUUGUCUCAGUUUAUGAAACAAGAUGGCAUUGGUGACACGGAUAUCUACGUAUACGCACUGUUGUUUUAUAAUGAUCUCGAAAAACUGUACAGAAUGCUACCCAGCAAAAUAUCUUUCGAAAUGGUUGAUCAGUACUUACAACGCCUCAUGAUCACUAUCUUGACCACUGAAGCAACUAGCAGAAAUCUCGGCCUCUCACCUGACAGCCUAAGGACAUGUUUCCAAAGCAACAGGCUUUUUGCGCACUCUGUUAACAUAUUUGGAGAUCAAUCCUAUGAAUGGUUUAAAUCCUUUAGUCAAGGUGUCAAGCAUUAUCAGAGAAUUCACAGAAUGUUACAACUAACGUUGAAUGUCCUGGAUUCAGGUCCUAGUGGUUCAUGUCAAGCUGGUAUGCGAAAGCUUAGCUUGGGCUGCCCGGAUACAGAUGGCUGUUUUGGAACUGUCGCCAAGCAAGAAUGUUCAACUCCAUGUUCAAGUUACUGCACAAAUAUAAUUCGUGGUUGUUUAACUCCAACUGUCUUGUUUGCCCCAAAACAAUUUGCUUAUCUUGAUAUGAAGUUAUUAUGGAAUUAUAAAAGCCAAGUGCAUUUUAAUGAUCUGGUAGCGUCAUUAAACGCUACCAAGUUGUACACACUCCUAAGAGAAGGAAUCAAAAAUGUUGAAGAAAACGUCAUACCACUCAAAAGUAGGCUUCAACAAUUCUGUCGAGGAAGCAAAUUAAAAAGUACUUCAGUCUCCUCAAGUGCAUCUUAUCACGAUAACGUUUUACCAAAUGAGAUGAAGACUGUAUAUGAGACGAAUUUCAGUAUAGAAUACAAUAAAAUGAUAGAUUUUAUAAAAACAACUGAAAAGGACUUGAACUCCUUGAUUAACAAAGUGGAUAAUUUGAAAAAAUACAUGAAUAGUAUUGAAUCAUUCUAUUGCUCCGAAGGAAAUGAAUAUAUGUGCUGGAAUGGAUCAUCAUUUGAUCGGUACACUAGGAAAGUCUCAGAUUUUUCUAUGAACAGUCAAAUGCGCAACCCAGAAAUAAUAAUAACAAGUGAAGACUUACAAUUUCAUCUGUUGCAAGAAAUGCAUGUGCGAAAAAGGACAGAAGCUAAAGGCAGCUAUUCCAAGAUGAAUGUAGGAAGUGAAAUUCCACCAUCCAACUUGGUAAUCAGUCAAACCAACUCCAAACACGAAAAUGAAUUUAAAGCAGAAUCAAGCGGUAUGCAUCCUCAGUUCUCGCUUACUGAACUUGAUAUGUUUCAAAUGAAUACUUAUAACGACGAUGGAAAUCCCUCACCAUUUUUUAGUGAUUCUAACGGCAGACAAGAAAAUAAUGAUAUUUCUUCAGAUGACUUAGUUAAUCGAGCUGUGAACCAAGGAUGUUCUGUAGAUGAUGAAGAUUGUCAGUUACAUUUUGCUGAUAUCCAUCUUGAGGAAAACGAUAGCAAUGAAGUUAAUGGAUAUUCUACAUCACAUGAUAUAUCGUUGGAUUCAGAAAGAAAUUCCCCAGAUAACCAGUUGAGUGAAAAUAAAAUUACAAUGGAAACAGAGCUGAAUAACGUCAAAAUAUCUAACACUUCGAAAACUCUGAAAUCUGAAAAGCACAUUAAUUCUGUGAAUAAGAUAUCUGAGAGUUUGACGGUUAUUAUCUACACCACACUGGUAAACUUUGUUUAUUUCCAUAAUGUUUAGUCUUUAAAAAGACUGAAUUUCACUGUAAAUAGACUGUUUUAGUAGCUUUUCCUAUGUGUUUUGUAUUCUUCUUCCUAAUUUUUAUUAUUCUUGGCAUAAAAGCAAAAUCUAUUCUGUUUGUUACACGUGCAUAAUUCCUACGACAUUAAUCUACACACAUAUGAUGUGUUCAUAAACAUGUCUAACCUAACCGUUGAUUGGUUUAAAAGGUUGACUUUUCUAUGCAUUUCUCUACACUUCGUUUUAAUUUCGGAUGUAUUCUUGGCAUGAUUUCCCAUCUCAGUUUCUUAAAUGCCCUCAUUCUUCCUUCCUACAAAAAAUCUAUGUACUGCAUUACUGUUUGAUUUCGAGUUUCACCUGCCUUAACGUGAUCAUAUGCUGAUGUACUUUUUUAAACAGAAUAACUUACUGCAUAUACUCAUAAUAAACUUUAAAACUACGUAAGGUUAUCCACAUAUUAAACAUAACUGAUCUAAGUAUAUCAC